AAAGAAGAUUUGAAACUACCUAUGUGUUUGGAGAACUACAAAGUGGAAGAGCAAACUAUUUGUAGAUGGAGCCCAGAACUCAACCGUGAAGAUGAAACCACAAAUCCAAAACCAAAUGCUACCACUGCUAUACAUUGAAGAAGAAAAGAAGAGGAUGGUAAAUAUCUUUUCUAUAAACCCAAAAUAUAUCCAUCCUGUGAAUUGGAGGGAGAAUAUUACAGUAUGCAGACCCAAAAGGCCAGAAAUGGAUCUCCAGAUGUUCCCAAGAAGCUGUCUCCUCGUGCUGCUCGGCCACUAAAGUUAGCAGCGCUAGAGACAGACUCUUCUUCAUCUCCUAUCUCAGCUAAUAAUAGAAUACCAAAGGACACAAGUCCAAAAGUUUCAGACCGUAAACCUCCACCAAGUCCUUUCUCCGAGAAGAGGCCUAGCAGAACAACGGAGCUUGAGUCGCUAGCCUCACAGCUUCAAUAUGACCUGAAGAAGGCGAAACAGCAAGUCACAGUAUCUGAAACAUCAAAGAGGCAAGCAGAGCAAGAAGCAGAAGAGUCCAGGAAACAGCUACAAGAAGUUUCCUCUAAGCUCCAGGAGACUAAGAAUCAGGUCUUGGAGGAAGAAACAGAUAAAACCGGUGCUUUUAAUCAUCGAAGUGUAUCUCAGGGAUGGGAUUUGGAGUUUGGUGCUACUACUGAUGAAAGGGGAGGACUGGAUGUUGUUGUUCAAGAGAUCCGACAACUCAAGCUUCAGAUUGAGAUGGUGGCUUCUUCUGAAGCUGAUCAUGUGAAACAAGCUGAGCUGCGUAACUCUGAUAUUCACCUUUUGAGAGGAAACUUAAAGGACACACUUUUCCUCGUUGAGAAUUUUAGUAACCAACUUAAGGACUGUGAGGUAACAGACGCUGAAACGAAGGCUUUAGCCACCGAAACGCUAAGGCAACUGGAGAAUGCUAAAAAGGCAGUAGAAGAACUUAAGUCAGAUGGCACAAAAGAAGUUGAGAGUUAUAAGAAAAUGGCCGUGGAGCUUGAACAGUCAAAAUCUAGGAUGGUAUGGCUUGGAGGUCUUGUGACUAAACUUCUGGCUAACCCGGGGGUUUUGGAAAACCACGAAACUCUGCUUAAGGACUAUGCAAGUUUAAAACUUGGGGAAUCAAAUGAGAAGAAUGAAGAAGUAUCUUCCUUGAGAUGUGAGGUAGAGCGACUGAGAGCGGCUUUAGAAGCCUCUGGCAAAAAAGACCAAGAGGGGAAUGUAAAGGCUUCUUCUCGGUUAAGGAUACAAGCUGAACUCCGGUUUGAAUUAAAGACAGCUAAAUCCAAGAUAGACAAGCUAGAGGCGAGGUUGGUGGAUAAGGAAACAGAGUUAAAGUUUAUUUCAGAGGAGAACGAUACCCUAUGCCUAUUACUAAAGAAGAACCAGAAAGAGACAGAUGCUGAAGCUGAGCUGAAACAACAAAGGGAGGUAAUCAAGAAGUUAAAGGCGGAUUUGAUGGAUAAAGAGACACAACUCCAGAUCGUUUCAGACCAGAACGAGACACUGAAGUCAGAUAUCCACAAGAGGGAGACAGAUAUACAAGACGUGCUCAUGAAGCUAGGUUUUGCAAUGAGAGAGGCUGAGAAGAGUAGCCAGAGAGCGGUUAGAGUCACUGAGGAACUAGAUGCGACUCGAGCGUCAAACUCAGCAAUGAAAACAGAGUUAGACAAGCUAAAGGCGAGGUUGGUGGCUAAGGAAACAGAGUUACAGUUUACUUCAGAUGAGAACGAUAACCUAUACCUUUUACUGAAGAAUCAGAAAGAGACAGAUGCUGAAGCUGAAGCUGAGCUGAAACAACAAAGGGAGGUAAUCGAGAAGUUAAAGGCGGAUUUGAUGGAUAAAGAGACACAACUCCAGAUCGUUUUAGACAAGAACGAGACACUGAAGUCAGAAAUGGGAACAGAACUCAGGGAGCUCAGAGUUCAAUCAAACCAAUUGAGAGAAGAUGCGGAAAAAGCUAACGCCAUGCUCUCUGCUGGAAACAACAAUAAUCAAAGAAACUCUCCUUACUCUGAGGAUAUCAAUGAUGAAGCAAAGAAGAAAACAGGGAAUAAGCUUAAGAAGAUUGGUGUUUGGUGGAAGAAGUCGCAGAAAUGGGUGGAGACUAACAGAAUAAUAAUAAUUAGGUACCGUUGAUUUGGAGUUGGAUUGUAAGAGCUACUCCUCUGACUCUGGUAUUGAUGUGAAUUAUUAGUCUGAUGACUAUGUUCUGAAAAAAAAAACACAUUUUGGAAACAUCUGAGUUGUGGUAAUUUUAUGUCAAGUACUCCGGAGCAAAACUGUUGAUUCUUUUAUUGUGAAACUAGUUUUUUCUUUUCAAAUAUCAAAGCCAAAGGCAUCAAAGCCUCUGGUUCAUUUUGCAGUGUUGAAAGUAUGACUGAGCCUACCGUAAGGCCGAAGAAGUCCUAUAGAAUAUUGGCCCCUUCAAUGGUGAUUGGGCCCGAGAAGCCUAAGCCUAAAAAUGAUAUCUGAAGUAUUCUAAUCCCACAAUUGCGCAGAAGAUAAUUUCACAAAUUUUAAUAAAUUUUUAGUUUAAAAUGAAAAAUAUAUAAAAUCUAUGUCUUUAAAAUUUAGAAGUUAUGUUUUGACUAUAAUUCUAAAAAUAGUAUUAGUCAGAACCAAAGAACGAGAUUACAGAAGAAAUCUGAAAGUAUGAGUUAGGAUCGAGAUGUUAGGUUUGGGCACAGUUCUACCUAAACCCGAACACGUCCUUAAAUCAUCUUAAACACCUAUAUUUUGUUGUACUUAUUCAAUAACUAAACUCCAAUUAGUAAUAAUCAUUAGUUUAAAGUGUAUGUAUUAUGUAUAGAAUAAAAGUAUGCAUGGGUUUGUAACUUUUUAUAUAUAACAUAAACACGUGUUUCCGUGUGUAAAGCAACUAUACCAACAGACAGAGAUAUUUUUCUAUUCGUUUAAUAAUUAAAACAUUCUCUUAGUUCUUAAGUGUACAUUAGCCGAUGUAAUCGAAAUUAGGUUAGGUGAGAUCUUUCUUAAUAAUCAUUAACUGGUCUUACACUAUCACCCCAUAAAUAUCAAUAUAAACUAUUAUAACGCGCAGCUUCAUCGGUGCGUAAUUUUGACUCAGUUUUAAUUUUUCUUUAUCAAAAUUUAUCGUCUAAAUCAUUAGAUAGUCACUAAUGCAUCUUAGUAUUAAAUUAACAAACCAGUCCACAUUAUAUCAAUAUUUAUUUGGAACCAUAUACAACAACAUCACCACAUUGAUCCUUUACGUCACUAAAUCAACUACAUUGGUUGAUAAUGGUUGUUCUAUUCCCGUCUAGCUAUUUAGACCAUUUCAAGUUUGAAUAAUAGAAUAGUCGUGUGUUACAAAAAAAAAACUA